AAAAGGAAAAGUGCAAAGCAUCAUCUGGUUAGCAUCGAUCAUCAUCGUUUUUCAAAAUUUCCUAGAAACUUUUUCUUUUCGGACGGAGCUGUGAAGAUAAAUUUCCAGUCAAAAUUGUGCAAACCUACAACGUUGUGGAACGGUUCAAGUUUUGGAAGUGUAAGCGCUGCUCCACCGCCAAGAAGCGUUCCAAAUUCCCGUAUUUUUCGAAAGCUAUGAGCGAUAGGAAAGUCAAGAAGGACGAAACAAACAAGGAAAUCAUCAACAUGAGCGAAGCAGCUGGAAUCCUGGACCGCUUUGUCGGCGAUGUCAGCAAGAAGUCUGCCACCAAACAAAUUCUCAUCGGUGCUGGAAGCGGAUGGGCAACAGGUUACAUCACAAUGAAGGUCGGAAAGAUGGCAGCUAUUGCCGUUGGUGGGGGUAUUAUCCUACUGCAGAUUGCCAACCAACAAGGUUACAUUCAGAUCGACUGGAAUAAGAUCAACAAAAAGGUCGACAAGGUGACGGACAAAGUGGAGGAAGCCGUUACCGGCCAAGGACCGAGUUGGGCUGAUAAGGCCGAACGUUUCGUAGACCGUAAGCUGAACCAGGCCGAGGAUGCCCUGAAAAAGAAGACUAAGAAAGCCCACAAAUGGUACACGAACCUGAUUGGGGACGAGACCGGCUGCAAGCUUAACGAUCUGCAUAUAUUCGUGUGUGCCUUUGCGGCAGGAGUGGCCCUCGGUAUUGGUACUGCCUAAAACCUAAACCGCGCGCCGAAACGCCGAAGUCGUCACAGCAGGUAAAUAGAGCCCGCGGAGUAUAGAACUUUCCACAAUCCAGCAAAAAGCCCUAAGCGAACAACUAAACUAUACUGAACGAGAGUUAUAAAUGUAAAACAACCAGAAACUAAUGAACGCUAGUUUUCGCCGAAUGUGCAUCGCGAAAAACAGAUGGUUAUUUCAGGCGAAGAGGGAGGAAGCAUACAUGCUAACCAAAGUCAUCUCUAAUCAUUAUAUUCGAUUAUAGUGAAAGGAACUUGAAUUUUGGAACGAGAAUUUCACCAUUGCUGCUUCAUUUGCUAGGGACGGCGGUUGCCCUCAAACUGAGCUGUGAUUUUGGACAUUGGAUUUAAUAUAUUCUGUUCGUGUUCGAUUCGUCAAUCUAAUCUCACUCACUCGUAUGAUUUAAGCAGAUUGUAUAAUUCGAGUCAUUUUACUGCUUGUAUAUUUUAGUAAUUUCUAAAGUUUCAUUAGUUUAAAUGUAUAAUAGUCACCGGGAGAUGACCAACGCGCACAUACUUUUCAUCACAGACAAAGAGACCAGCAAUAAUUUUGUGAACACACAUGAUUUACCAUCGACUAUACCAGCAACAUUAUAACCAUCUCGAACUGCAACUCUAAUACAUAGGUACUUAAGUAAAUCACAGCGUUAAAAACAAGCAUUGCAGUCAACUCAAUUUACAGUGCAGUAUAGGCGAACGCCACCUCGUCUGAACCCUUUUAGGAAUUUUAAAAGGAAACUAGUUCGAGUUUAGUUCUACCCAUUUUGCGUCUUUAUUGUAGUUUAAGCGAAAUUAUAUGUUUUGUGUCUCAUUUAAGAAUACUUUUCGGAAAAGAGUUAAAAGAAAAUAUAUGAUAAACGGAUUUAUUGAAACGAGAA